CUUUUCUUCUGCCCCAUGUCCUCAUGUCUUCCUGUCCUCCCUCUGCAGGCUGCAACAGGGAAGAGCUUUGGAGACAAAGACUUCCGCAGCGCGCUAGAGAACGGCAUCCUGUUAUGCGAGCUGCUGAGUGCAAUCAAACCCGGACUGGUGAAGAAGAUCAACAGACUGCCCACCCCCAUCGCCGGGCUGGACAACCUGUCAGUUUUUCUCCGGGGCUGUGAGGAGUUGGGCUUGAAGGGCUCCCAGCUGUUUGACCCAGGGGACUUACAGGAUACUUCCAUACGCGCUAAUCUCAAGGACUCUGACUGCAACCGCAAACUAAAAAAUGUGCUGAACACGGUUUUCUGGCUUGGAAAAGCUGCCAGUGGUUGUCCUUCCUAUACCGGUCCUAAUCUGAACCUGAAAGAGUUUGAAGGCCUUCUGGCUCAAAUGAAGCUGGAAAGUGAUGAUGGCGGCGACAGCUCUCAGAAGCGCAGCGUUCGAGACAGCGGCUACGACUGCUGGGACUCGGAGAGGAGCGAGUCUCUCUCUCCGCCUCAACACACUCGGGACAAUUCUCUUGACAGUCUGGAUUCCUUUGGUUCCCGCUCGCAGCACAGCCCCUCUCCUGAUGUUGUGAAUCGAGGCAACAGCGAUGGACGCGGCAGCGACUCGGAGGCUGACGCUCCCAGCAGGAAACCCGACGUACGGAAAGAUGACAUGUUGGCCAGAAGAACAGCCAGCAGCGACUCCAGAUGCCCGGUUCCCUUCAACCAGUUUCUUCCAAACCGAGCCAACGCCAGCUGCUACAUCCCGACCCCGCGACGAAAACAACACCCAGAGGAAGGAGAGCAGAGGAGUCACCUUCAAACCAUUCCAGAACAAACCAAACGAACCGGAUUUCAGCAGAAACCCCCCAAAACGGUGACUUGGGCACCUGAAAGCCAGGCCGAAAAACUGAAACAGGGAGAGGACUUGGAGGUGUUGGAGCAGAGGAGGCUGGAGAAGUUGAAGAAGGCAGGAAUUAAGGUUCUUCCUGCUGCCGUUCGCUACAACAGCACUGCGAUAACGGAGGAAAAAGAAACGAGGUCACCGUCUCCGAACAUCAUUCUUCGCUCUGAAAAUGAAUUUUUGAGCUCCCACAGUCCGGCUUGUGAUUCCUCCUCCGACGGGGAGCAGGAUGCAGAAACGAGGAGGGUUCCCGAUGUCCACAGAGACGACUUGGCAUCCCGACGAGUCCACCGGAGCCCAGGUAACUCCAGGGUCCAUCAGUUCGUCCCUCCUCCAGCCUGCACCACCAGAGACAGAGAGCGCUGGGAGGGCAUCAGGCGAGCCUCACAGCAGACCCUGCAGCAGAUGGAGAUCAGCGAGAAGGAAGCGGUCUGUGACAUCAUAACCCGUGAAGACAACCCCUCCCUGAAGGAAGAGGAGGAUGAGGGAGAAGAGGGAAAAGAUAAGACGAUGCCAAAUAAGCAGAGAGAUGACCUGGCUCGUAGGCGGGGCCAAAGCAGGCCCCUCCCUCAGAGGGACGGACCAAUGAGCUUUGUUUCCUCCUCCAUGAGUCCGUCUGAUGUACAGAAGUGGGAGAGGCUCAGGAUGACUGAACCAAGUGAGGAUAGGCCAGCCCCCGUGUGUCAGGCUUGUCUGCAGAGAACUUACGGAAUCAGCGGAUCAGCAAAGGCUGGACGAGGUCAUGGCAGGGUUGUGACCUUUGGGGGUCUGACUGAGAUCGAGCAGCCGACAGAGGCAGUCACAGCGGGAGGAGGGGAGGAGCCAGAGUCAAUUAGACGACUCCAGUCCAAAGCAGCGGUAUCAAUGACUACCGUUGACCUGAGCUCCUGGCUUUCAGAGGGGAAUCGCAGUGUUGUCAUGGAUGGAUGUGCAUCCUCCCCUCCCCCUGCGGAACACCGACCCUGGUCGGCCGAACCCACCCCUACAGCUGCCGAGAUAGACAACCUCCAUUUGAAAGAAAAAUGCCUCUGCUCCAGCACAUCGGG